AUGACUCGCUUAACUGAAAAAAUUAUUGAGCACAGUAUUGAAUCAAGCUCUUUUGGAAGACAAUUAUACAUACUUGAUAUUUUUGUCAAUAGGCAAAUUGUGCAUCAAAUAGCUUAUGAGAGUGAUGUCAUUUGUUUUGAUCAACUUAAGAUGAAUAGAAAAGCAUUUAGCACUUUAUGCAUAAUGCUUGAAACUAGGGGUGGGUUAAAAGCAUCUAACUAUUUACAAGUAGAUGAACAAGUGGCUAUAUUUUUAAAUGUAAUUGCUCAUCAUGUGAAAAACAGAGUCGUUAGAUUUCGAUUUAUGAGAUCGGGUGAGACUAUUUGUAAAUAUUUUCAUAAUGUGUUACAUUCAAUCAUUUGGCUACAUGAAGAGUUAUUGAAAAGAUCUGAAUCUGUUCUUGAAAAUUCAACAGAUGAGAGGUUGAAAUGGUUCAAGAAUUGCUUAGGAGCACUCGAUGGAACUCAUAUUAGAGUGAGAGUACCUAGGAAUGAUAAACCAAAAUAUCGUACUCAAAAAGGUUAUUAUUACCUUGUAGAUGCUGGAUAUACUUAUUGUAAGGGAUUUCUUGCUCCAUAUCGAGGCCAACGUUAUCACCUCAACCAAUGGGAAGAUGGAAAUCCUCCUAAAAAUCCACAAGAAUUUUUUAAUAUGAAGCAUCCAUCUGCUAGGAAUGCCAUUGAGAGAUGUUUUGGUACAAUUAAGAAUCGAUGGGAAAUUCUUAGGAAGAAUGAGAUUAACAGUCGAGAUGAAGAAGAUGUUGAUGGAUCCAUAAGAAGUAUUCAAGCUUCUGAAGAGUGGACAACGUUUAGAAAUAAUUUAGCACAUGAGAUCAUGGAGACUUCAAAAGGAAGAGGUCCAGGACAAAAUAAAAGAUUUUGGAGUGAAGAUGAAGACAAAUACUUGAUUGAAUCACUUAUGGAGCUAAAUAAUGAAGGAAAGUUUAAAGCUAAAGGAAACUUCAAGCCAGGUUAUCUUAGAGCUAUUGAGAUGAAACUAAAAGACGGGUUUGGAUGGGACAGUAAUAGAAAAAUUGUAAUUGCAGAAAAAUCAGUGUGGGAAGCAUAUUUGCAGAGUCAUAAGGAAGCAGCCCCAUUCAAGAUCAAGUCAUUCCCUUGGUAUGACGACUUGUGUGCAGUUUUUGGCAAAGAUCGUGCAACUGGAAAACAUGCAGAGACUGUAACAGAUGUUGUUGAAGAACUUGAAGCUAAAAAGGAAAACACUACACUUGGAGAAGAUGAUUUCAGCAAUGCUAAUAAUGUGGAUGAAGUGGAAUCUAUGUCUGUUUCAGAUGCAACAAGAGGUGCUCAAUCUCACACUCAAUCAGAUGGGUCUUCAAAGAAGAAAAGGAAAGUUGCAAAUCAUGAAGAACUUUCAAAUGCACUUACACAAUCAGCUUGUAUUAUCGCAGAGGUAAUUGAAAAAGCUUCAAUUCGUUUGAGUAAAGCUAUUGGCUUGAAUGAAAAGCAUAUGCAGCUCGAGAAAGAGUUAGAAAGGACCACUACACUUACUACAGCUCAACGUCAUAAGGUAGAUCGCAUGAUUAUGCAAGAUAAUGCUUUGGUUUCUUACAUUUUCAGUGUCCCAGAUGAUGAGAAGGAUGAAUUGGCGAGAGUUCUUUUUAAUAGCUCUCUUUAG